CCAGAGGGCCAAGAACUUCAAGCAGAUGGAAAAACUUGUAACAAAUGCUCCACUGGUUACAUUGAUUUGGUGUUUGUAAUCGAUGGCUCAAAAAGCGUCCGACCUUGGAACUUUGAGUUGGUAAAGCAGUUUGUGAUAAAGAUUGUGGACUCCUUGGACGUGUCAGUCCAUGGCACACAUGUAGGACUGGUUCAGUUUAAAACAUCAAAGGAUAUUAGUAAUGCAGUGAAGAACAUUGCGUACAUGGAGAAAGGCACCAUGACUGGACUGGCAUUGAAGCAUAUGGUGGAACACAGCUUCUCCCAACAGGAAGGAGCCAGACCCAACGUGCCGAAAAUUGGUUUGGUGUUUACUGAUGGCCAAUCACAGGAUGAUAUCUCAGAAUGGGCUAAAAGAGCCAAGGAUGCUGGUAUCACUAUGUAUGCUGUAGGUGUUGGAAAAGCAGUUGAAGCGGAACUCAAUGAAAUUGCAUCAGAUCCCGUAAACAAACAUUCCUUCUACACAGCAGAUUUCACCACAAUUGAUCUCAUUGCUGAAGAUUUAAAACUGAACAUUUGCCCAGAAGAGAUAAAAGGAGAGACAGAGAUAAAGAACCCAUGUGAAUGUGAGCACCUUGUCGCUUUCCAGACAAACACUUUAACAACGCUCGGAAAUCUGGCAGAGAAACUAGCCCAGCUCACUGCAAGACUGGACAUUUUGGAACACGAGCUGAAAGAUAGAAAAUGA